AAGACUAAGCGUAGUAGGGGGGAAGUCGUGACAGACUUCCGGGUUGCUGCAGAUUUCUUGUCGAGCGCAUUUGGAUUUGUGGCCGUUCAAACUUGCACUUGGAGGCAAUAUGCUGCUCGUUUUGUCCGAAGAACAUAAAGAACACCUCGCCUUCCUCACCAAAGUGGACGCGGCAGUGGUUGGAGAGUUUGGCCGCAUCGCCCUGGAGUUCCUAAGGAGAGGAAUCAGCCCCAAAGUCUACGACGGAGCUGCCAGGAAGCUGUCGGUGCCCGUGGAAACGGUGCGGCACGGCGUGGAGGCUCUCAUGUACCUCGUCACCCAGAGCUCCAAACACACGUUGUCCGAGGUGGACUUUGUGGACUCAGUGUUGUCUUUGGAAUUUGGUGACGAGCUUAACCAGAGCCUCCUUCAGCUGUACCUGCAGCAUCGCAGUGAGAUCCGCGGCAUCUUGAGUCUGGUGCCCUCCAGCAUGCCCGCUUACCACAACCUGGAGUGGAGGCUGGAUGUACAGUUGGCCAGUCGCUCCCUCCGCCGGCAGGCGGCGCCCACGUUGACCACCAGGCUGCACCUGACGCACGGGCACGGUUCCGGCACGGAGGUGCGCGGCCGGGUUCUCCGCGUGGACCUGGGCUCCCUCCUGCACCUCAUCUCCAUCCUGGAGGGGGCGCUCGGGGCCUUGAAGAGCACGCACGCGAGACGCAUCCUACGAAACAUCAAAUAAAACCCGUGCGGAUUUGUCGGGACCUUUGCUGCUAUUUGGCAGAAUAAGAUUGAAAUAUGAAAAAGGUCAAUAUCGGCCGGGCCCGAAUCAGGACACUCAAAGGCUGCUUGUUUUUGUACUUUUUUCAUGUGCAUGACAGAAAAUGUGACUUCAAAGUUGCCUGUACACUUGUUAAUAAAUGUUUUAUGAUGGCCACAGUCCUGGAAUAGAUGACUUUAUAUCUAUUACCGAAGGAAACUCUUUCUUCUGUUCUUGUUGGAAGUUGGUACCGCGUGGCUGUUUCCACUGCUAACAACAAUCAAACGGGCGACUUAGCGUGUUAACAUGUUUAAAAGGAAAUAAGUGCGCUCAAGGUUCCCCAUUGAUUAUUUGAAACAUUCGGAUUCAUUUGACUCUGUAAUCGGCCUUUCGCUAGCUAUGAAAUCAAGUUGUCAAUUUAAAGAUCCGAAGUGUCAUUUUAGCGUGAUUACAUUAAAUAAAGUUGAAGGAUUUU